CCUCGCAAAUACCCUCGCCGCACACAUCUCCCGUCCCAGGGCGCUCCAGGAUAAUUGGCAAGAACCACGAAGCUGCAAUUACCUGGAGCCGCUUCCGCAUCCGCUGUCGCACUUAGACUACCACCUUCCUAGCAAACAUGGCCGACACCGCCGCACGCCCAGGCUUCGCGCAGAAGCAGCACCGUCGCCCAGGAUCGCGCAUCGUGCCUGCCAUCCCAUACCGUCUGUCCAAGUCUCAGCCAUCUGCCAGACCCAUUACCCCAGAAGGCUCCCACAAAGGCGCCGCCGCUCAGCUAUCUGAGCCGCAGCCGGAGCCGCAAAGAGUGCCGGAGAAGCAGAUCGAAGAGCACGCGGAACAGAAGCAUGCAGAGCCUGUGCAAGCCCCUCUCACACCCGAGUCGGACGUUUCUGGUGUCGACAAGGGAGAGCUGCCAGCAGAUGGCUUGGCUAGCCCAUCGCAGAAUGGGCACAAAGCGCCAUCAGACGCUCAGGAUGCAGGAAACCAAGUCAACGGACAUACCAAUGGACAUGCCGACGAGAAGCCUUCCCCGCCGACGGAGCCCAGCGCCGAAACGAAGCCAGCCGUCAACGGGGUGCACCGCAAGUUGACCAUACCCUCUCACCUGCCCCCACCGUUCUAUCCCUCGAACAAGACCGAUACGCCGCCGGCAGAGGGGAGUGACACUCCAUCGCAUCGACACCAGCUCAGUGCAGGCGCCCUCGUCUUCAGGAGCGCAAAUGAGUCACCAGCACCUCCUGUGACAUCUCAAGAGCCAGAGCUGCAUCCACACGAACAGCAUGUGCUGCCGCGUCCUCCGCCUGGCUUUGGUCCCCAGCAAUUUGCGCCCUUCUUUCCGGGUCAUGCUCAGCAUCCCUCUCAGGCAGGAGCGCCCUGGCACAUGCCCCCAAACACAGUUGCGCCGCCUGAUCCCACGUACGCAAACGGCUCUGAUUUCCGCCCCUCCCAGUUUCCUAGUGGUCCGGACGGCUACUCGAACCCUUACAACGGCCAUUUCUCGCCGGAACAGGCACCUUUCGUCACAAAUGGUACCCUCACCUCUCAUUCGCAGUCACCGAGCAAGGCACAAUUUGGCGAAACGGUACCGACUUCAGAGCAUGGGGAGGAGCAUCGUGCCUUGCCCUACCAGAACGGCACUGCGCCUCCUCCCGCUGAGCGCCUAGAGGAGUCGCCUUUUGAGCUUGCGGGUUAUCUUUCUACACAGUUUGGAAAUCCAGAAUUCGCCGACUUUGUCCUCCAAGUCCGAUCUCCGGAAUCGGUCCUGGUAUCAGUGCCUGUGCACGGCAUCAUAGUGGUACGCAGUCCAGUCAUAGCAGAAGCUAUCCGUCGCAGUCCUGUCCCAAGUCAUCGUAGCAGGGAUGCGCGUCGGCUAGUCGAUGUCGUCGCGCUGGACCCUUUCACCACUGGCGAAUCUCUGGGAGAGGCUGUCAGAGUGCUGUAUGGUGCCCCACUUCUUUCCGCCCAGACCUUCCUCUAUGGCCUCGCACCUUACAUGUACGAGAGUGACCAAGCAACUCCCUCCAAUGACGCUCGCCGGCGCAUGCAACAAAUUCUGAGUUAUAUUGCGGCAGCAAGGACUUUCCAGAUACCUAGCAUGCAGGCACGUGGCAUCGAGAUUGCAAGGAUGCUUCUCCGAUGGGACACUGUGGAACAGGUCUUGCAAUACAUACUGCAAGCCAAUUCUGGACCACGGUCAAGAGCCGAAGGACCUGAUACGGACGACCCCUUCAUCUCAACGCUACUGAACUACGCUCUUGAGUUCCUUGCCUUCACCUUUCCUAUCGACUUCAAGCUGUACACCAUAGCGCCUGAGUUCUCUGACGCACCACGUCUGCCUGCGGUCGUUGAGAAUCGCCAGGCCGCGCAUAAUCCACGGCUAAGCAAGAUUCGCUUCGGUGAUGCACCGACAGAAGACGACCACCAGCCCAGCCAUUCGACUGUCGUGUUGUCGACCAUUCUUCUAUCGCUACCGCUUCCGCUCGUAGAGCGCCUCUUCAAUCAUCGUGCGACAGCUAGCCAGAUUGGGUGGACUGGUGCUAAUAAGAUCUUACGGGAUGUCGUCAACGAGCGCGAAAAUCGACGCCAGAAAGCUUCAAGAAGCCAGUUGAAGCCGACUCAAGAUGGCACGAUUCCUGCCGGGCUACUAAGCAAUGUCUAUCUCGAGGAGCGCGUGGAACAGGUCGAGCCGUCGCCGCUGCAUCCUUCCGGUCAUCGCUUGGCGACAAAACGGGUCGCUGGUGAGACCUGAGGGGCCGUCCGAACAAGUGGAGCCUCAACGACGUUAGUUCUUUCUCAUGUCAAAAUUCGAUAUCGGCACACAUUUUCUGGCCGAAACAUACAAAUCGGGUAGGUUCUUUCCUUGGGUUGUAUAGCAUAGUGAGCGUUUAUGGGCGUUCACGCAGGCGUUGUGAGCGAAUCCUUCUACCAUAACCUUUCCUUCGGUCACCAAAAGUAUGAAACGACAUGACGAAGCAUAUUCCCCAAGAUUACGAUAGCAUGGCAGCUUGGCACUGUUUGUACAUCAUUACGGCAUGUUUCCCUUUCUCUAUGAUGAUGGCGUCUGGGGCAGAUGCGUCGAAUUAGGCGCUGCCUGGUAUACAACUGUGAAAGUUGAGAUCUGGAGGUUUAGAUAGACCGCACAAAAAGCGGAAAAAUAGUAUUGAUGGUAUUAAACGAAUCACGCAAAUGAAGAUGAUAAAAGGUC